AUGGCUGACGACGAGGAUCUCGAGCAGAUCGCGUUCGUCCACGUCGAGCGACUCAUCGCGAUGCACGAGCAGUCGGCGCCGACGCAGCGUCUUCGCAACAUGCUCACCUCCAAAAUCGAGACGUUCGUCAAACACGUGGUGCCGUCGACGUCGCUUCCGCCGGCGGCCCUCAUUCCGCUAUUCGACAGCUUCAUGGAGUUGUCGUUCGAGACGCUUCGCCUCACCCAUCCGGUGCUCCUCUACGGCGUCCGCUACAACGCCGACUACGGCCGUCCGAUAUUCGAGCGCUUCGUUCGACUCGAGACCGACUUCGCCGCGCAUUCCGAGCUCCGCAAACACGUCGAGCGAAUGAUAGUGCUUCACGAGAUCCUCACCACCGACUCCGACGUGCUCGCGCACGAGAAGCUCAAAUCGGUGAACGACGCCAUCGACGCAAUCGUGGCGACGUUGAACGCGCGCGAGAAAUAUCGCUACGCGAUCACACUGAAAAUGAUCGGCCUGUCGGCGAGCAUGAGCCGUCACGGCGAACUCUAUCGCGGUGUCAGCAAAGAGCAGGCGAUUCGCGUCAGCGUCGACGAGUUGGCCGCCGACAAACCGCCGGGUUGCGUCGUCGACGUCGAUUGGAUCCGACGCGAGGCGCUCGACAAGUUUUUGCGCGUCGACGCCGACACCGUCGGCCAAGCCGACAUCGACAAAAUGUUGGCGAUUCGCGAGACGCUCCAUUUCAUCGUCAAAUACAAAAUUCGCGACGAGUACACGUUGAACGCCGAAGAGACGGAAGUGUGGCUGAACGGCAUCGAGAAUCUCGACGGAUUGAGCGAUUAUGAGCGCGCGUUGUUCGGCCGCGGAGAUCAUGACGGACCCAUGAGGAUCACCUUUCAGAAUUUCUAA